AUGAAAGUGGUUGCGGUAAGACAUGUCGUCACGCCCCUCUGUCUAUCGUCGUUGGCUUCCCUAACAGUCAGUGUCCACGGACUCCCGUCACAGUUAACGUUAACCUGGGCCAUCAUCCUCAUGCACACAGUAAAUGUGGCAUGCGAAUGACCACCAUGUAUCACUUGCAUUGCGAGGGCAGUUUUUUUGUUUAAAUUGCAUGAUUCUAUGUUUUUGCACUUUCUAGACCCUGAAUGUGCUUAAUCCUCUCCGCGAAUGCCCCAUUGAAGUGCUUCAGGAUACCGAUCUCGCGGGUCCGCUGGUUUUCUGCCUCAUAUUCGGUGGCACGCUUCUUUUGGUAAUGAUUCUAUGUAUAUAUAUGCAUAUAUUUUAAUUGAAAAGGCCUUUAUCGAUCAGUGUGCCGCCCCGUUACGCCUUGGUUCAGCCUAGGCAGUCGAGCAUAGUUCGUGUAAUGUUAACUAAACUUUUUUAAUACGUUCUCGUUUCGUAAGGAUUACUUUAGUGGGGUUUUAAUAUUGGUUAUCAUACAGCACAAUCCAGAGGUAUUUUGGUCACGUUAGGAUGUCGGCCACCUGCGAAAAUCGCUCUUGGUAAAAAUUGGUUACAUUAGGUGGACUAACUCAUGAAAUCUCAACAGAAAUUCCGCAAUGCCUUUUCGUUUCGAAAAGAUUCAUCAAGUAGGGUUGUAGAACUAAUCAGUCUGCAGUAUAAUUCUAUAAUAAUUCAGUUACCUCAGGGUGCCUGCUUUCGAACGAACUUCUUUCCGGCUGCAGCUAAAAACCAUACCAUAAAAAUGACUACUUAAGUAGCAUGCACUUUCAGUGAUUUUCGAUGCCCUUAAAGAUUCAGUUAUAUUUCAUGGAAAACAUGCAUAAAAAUAUUCAUUCUUUUGCUCAUUCACUAGAAAAUUACGUCUUCUUUCAAUUUUACACUCGAAGAAAGGCUAUAAUUCGGUUUUAAAAAGGUUUUUAAUUGUGAGAUUUUUUCAUACGGUGAAAUGGCCCUUCAUAAAACGUCAUAUCUCUGCAUUUACCAACGUGGCUUUCAAAGUUAACAAAGUGGCUCGACUCCACUGCCUAAUUUUAUGAACUCUAUAUGGUCCCCCUUUAUUACCGUAGAGAAAUAUAUGGUUUUCCGUACGCGGAGAUUAUACGGUUUGUAGUUUUGAAACCCUGAAUGCAAGUGUAACGGCAGGUCGGGUUCAAAAUUAUUCGGGAAUUGGAAAAGUUUUUCAAAACCGAAUUAUACCCUUCCUUCGAGUAUAAAAUUGGAAGAAGACGUAAUUUUCUACCGAAUGAGCAAAAGAAUGAAUAUUUUUAUGCGUGUUUUCCAUGAAGUAUAAUUGCAUUUUUAAGGGCAUCGAAAACUAAUGAGAAAAAUGCAAGCCACUUAAGUAUUCAGUUUUUACAGGGCAUGAUUUUUGUAUGCGGCCGGAAGGAAGGUUGUUUGAAAGCCAGCAUCCUGAGCUAGCUACAUUAUUAUAGAACUACGCUGCACGACGAUUAGUAUUGCAACCCUACUUAAUUAAUCUUUUCGAAACGAAAAGGCAUUUCGGAAUUUCUGUUGAGAUUUAAUGAGUUAGCCCACUUACUGUACUUACAUAUUAUGAUUUUUCAUCGACUUUUGGUUCUCUUAUAAAUCUAAACACGUUUUAUGGAAAAAAUGCGCAAAGAUAUCCUUGUUCCCAUUUAAUAGCCAAUCACGUCUUCCUCAAAUGUUUUACAUGAAAAGUGAGUAUCUUUCUCCUUUAAAAAUGUUUGUUAUUAUGAGAUUCUAUAAGAACGUGGAAUACCCAUUCAAAUACCGACGCCCCUUAGAAAGUAUACGGAACAGUCCACAUCCAUUGCAAAGUUUCAUGAGCUUUAGGUGAUAUUUUCCCAAUAGUAUAGAGUAAUAUAUAAUUUUUCUUACAUGUAAAGCACAGCUUCUAGGCUGAAAAACCUUAAACGCAAAUGCAACGAAAGAUCGGGCUCAACAACGUUUUUUAAACCUAGAUAUGCCCUUUUUCGAGUGUAAAAUCUGGAGACAUGAUUUGCUACUAAACAUGUAUAGAGUAAGAUAUUUUUGAAUGUGCUUUCUAUAAAGUGUGUUUUCACUUAUACAAGGGCAUCGGAAAAUGAGAGAGCGAUUUAUACUACGUCCGUAGUCAUUUUUUACCGAAUGUGGUUUUUACAUGGGAUCAAAAAGAAACGCAUUCAAAAUCCGACAUCUCGGAUUGACCGAAAAAUACCUUAGGAUUAUUCUGUGCAAUAAUUAAUACUACAACACGACUUAAGUAACCGUACUUGAAAGUGCAGCUUAGAAUUUCGGCUAACAUUUCAUGAGCUUGGUCGCUGACUGCAUGCUUUGAUAAUUUCUUGGCAAAUGUCACUCGCAUUAAAUCACAUUUUCACCUUUCGCUUUUGUGAAAAAAAACUUAUUAUCGCAAGCAGUAGCGACCACCAGCCCUACCGAUUGAGCCACAGCUCCGUUGUCCUAUGGUUUUCGAUAGGGAAUGCUAGCUUAUAGUGGUAAUGCGUCCACCGACUGGGUUAUGGGACAUGGAGACAAGGAAUACGUCCUUAGAUGGCCCUUUCUGGCUUCUGAGACGUCGUCAGUCAGUCAGCUCUGCCCAAAUCCAGAUUUGCACCACCUGCGCGGGACUUGACGUAAAUGGUAAUGUUCUCACGAACUAACGAGUUAUAUCUCACGAGCUGCCCACGACGACCGUAGACUUCAAGUAGUUUUGGUCUCGCAUUAUGCUCAAGUGUUUUACCGGCGCGAGCCUGCUGCCCAGUGUUGAGACCGGGUCAUGUGUGUGGCACGCGUAGACGGGCUGUCUAGCCUUGUCAGUCACCGGUCCAGUCCCGUCGAUACUUGACUGACAGGGAGGAAAUAGUGCAGCCAGCACUGGGAAUCCGUCCGCACAGAAAAUCAGCGCAUUUCUUACUACGAUAAAUCCACGACACGUGAGUCUGGCGCGUGCCAGCCACUGAGUCCGCGCCGAGCCUCGAUCCCGUCGGAGCAAGGCAGAUGAGGGGGGGGGGAAUUGCAGUAGGUGCGUGCCACGUGCUAUUGUCCUACUCAGGCGAUCCCAGGCUGUGCGUGACUCAUAGACGAGGCCCAACCCAGCCGGAUUCCAUGCCGGACGUGGAUGCGCAGACCAGAUAUUCACACUGAGCCGCAUUCUGGAAUUUCGCCAUAGCUACCAACAACCGAUGGCCGUCUGCUGUAUUGACUUUGCCGCCGCAUUUGAUUCCUUUCACCGUGAGUCCCUGUGGCGGAUAAGGGUGCUAGAUGGUGUACCGGCAAAAAUCAUCGCCAUGAUCAAGGCCUACUAUCGCUCCACCACUGCGACAGUCCUGGUCCGCAGCAAUCUUUCCCAACCGUUCGGUAUUUGGUCUGGCGUUCGACAGGGUUGUAUCCUGUCACCCAUUCUGUUCAACUAUGCUAUUGACUGGAUCCUCGAGAGGGCCCUACGCGAGGGUAACGGCGUUGAGUCUGCACCCGGACACCGACUGACUGAUUUCGACCAUGCCGAUGAUAUAGCCUUACUUGUUUCAAGUUUUGGUGAUCUGCAGUCUAUGGUGUCACGGGUGAACGAGGUCGCUAAAUCGGUCGGUUUAUCCAUAAACGCUGAGAAGACUAAAGUGUUUUCAAGCUGCAUCCCUGACCAGGAGAAGCGACCCCUCGGGAUUGAUAGCUGUCAACUUGAAGAAGUAGACAGUUUUAAAUACCUCGGGGCGAGGCUGCUGCCUAAUGGACAGAGUAAGGAUGACAUUGUCUCCCGAAUUGAUGUUGCCCACUGGGUUUUCUCAAGCCUUCGGAAAUGCCUGUGGAACCGACGUGACCUCUCCAUCGCCAUUAAGACUCGCCUGUGCCGUGCGUCUGUUUGAUCUGGCCUUCUCUGCGGUUGUGAAUGCUGGGCUUUGCGUGUGGAGGACAAGCGUAAACUGGAGGCAUUUGGCCACCACCACUUGAGGACCAUCCUUCGAGUGAAGUUCACUGACUUCGUCUCAAAUGAGACAGUCCGCGCUCGCUGCGACAACAUCGCAAGGAUAAUUCAGGCCAGCCAGGAAAGACGACUGAGGUGUUUCGGGCAUGUUCUUCGUCGUCCACCUCAGGAGCUCAGUGUUACUGCCCUCGAUCCGGCACCGUUGCCCCAUUGGAGGCGUCGAAGAGGGGGUCAAUUAAAAACCUGGCUCGACACAGUUCGGGGAGAGGUACAGUUCGUGACAUCAUCGAGGCCGGCUAGAUCAGGCAUGAUCGCAGCCGUACAAGUGCAAGACUAACAUGGACCCUGUCGGAGACCUGGUUUGGUUGAGAAAUACUCACCCCAAUUUGACUCUAACCCAGCCUAUUGGUGUCUCCCUGCGAAAUUUCGUCUAAUCCUAGUCGGCCUUUGGGGUGCAUUUUCUACUGUUGAACCUCCGCUCUUUCUGAGUCGAUUGCACUUGGGAAUUGACUGACAGUGAGACCGGACUGAGUUGUAAUCUUCUCUUGGGUCACUUGGUUUUUUCUCCCCUAUCUGAUCGUAAUCUCACGGAGAAAGACGAACGCAGUAAUUGUUUCCUUCAGGCGGGUGAUUCUUGGCUGACUCGCAAUUUGCAUUCAGAUUCGCUCUGUCGAUCCCGCAUCAUUACCUGUCUACUCUUAGGCUUCUGCGGUUUCAUUAUACGCAUCAGCUUUUUUUCCUGCCGUAGCCCGUAAUCUAAUUAGUGUGGAAUAUAUGCAGACAGGAGCAGUCUAUAGGAGAAACAGCCAACCGCUGCGCCGAAUAUUUUCGGUUUAUUUAAUUACGCAGCUCCAGCCACAGUACUAUGGCGUUUUGUCUUUCUCCUCCUCCUCAUCCUCGCCGUCGUCUUCUGCCAUUUUAAGUCAAACUAGUUGUCCCUCAAGGCCGUUUAGGAACCCGCUUAGUUUACAACUCCAUUGGUUGCUGUUCCUGGACAGGAAAGUGUUCCGGUUCUAGGAAAGUCCAGCCAGAGCGGACGGUCCCUAGUCCUUGAAACUCCCAAAAACCCAUUUCAUCACCAGUGCGCCAGAAAGGGUUUUGUGUGUGUUUGUGUCAGCUUGCUUGAGGAAUGGUGUCCAGCUGUUCGUGGAUUGGAAAGCGGAUUUCUCCACCCCCCCCCCUCCAUUUCUGCACACAAGCUUGCGACCUCUGGUAUCCCGUUGAGCGGCAAGUGAAGGCUCAUUCUAGGGCGAGCAGCAUUCGCGAUGUUGUGAUGCCGAUCCCCUCGGAUCGGUGCCCAAUCACAUCUGAAGGUUUCAGUUUCAGUUUAUUAAGGCAAAUAGAGGCGAGCGCCUUUGAAUUUCCUAUUGGUUACAAGUCGUCUGAGAAAACGGGAUUUUGUACAUAAUCGCGGACAGCUGACAGUUAGUAGAAAAAGUGUAAUCAUUAACGGGUACUUACUAACUACAAGUAGUAUAAACAUGUUUAAGUUGGUGCCGGGUUAUUUGAGUUGAUGUGAGGCUGGUAAGUGGGAAGCUUGAUACGCAUCAACUCUAAACUUAAAGGAAUUCACACAGGAGGAGGUUUCAACAUCGGUAGGCAGGGAAUUCCACGCUGUAACCACUCUGUUACUGAAAAGAACUUUCGUCCAUUGAUCCUUGCUUUCCCUGCGCGUAGUUUUAGGUGAUGAUAGCGCAAAGUGGGCGUGUUAGCUUGAGUGAAAUAAUCAGUGGGCUCUAAACAACAGCCUAGGCCGUUGACAAUGCGAAAUGUUAGCAUAAGGUCACCAUGUAAUUGCCUGCAGGAAAGAGGAAUUAGGUUGAAAGUUGACAGUCUGGUUUCAUACGGCAGUGCUCCCAGACCUUGUGUCAUUUUGGUCGCCCGUCUCUGGACCUUCUCCAAGACGGUGUAGUCCCUGGCAGUCCAAGGCCUCCACGCCUGUAUGGUGUAUUCUAGAUGUGGCCGCACGUAGGUGCCAAAUAUUUUGGAAAAGCAGUCAGGGUCAAAUCCCAUAAAGGCUCGCCUAAUGAGUUGCAAUGUAGCCGUAGCCGAUUUAGCCGCCUUCGCGCAGUGCAGUGUUGGUUUGAGUGAAGAUGUAAUCCAUACACCCAAGUCCUCCGACUGUCAACCUGUUGCGAUGAUGUGCCGUGUAGAAAGUAAGUCCUGGGGCUGAAGGCUCUGAAGAUUUCGAGUUGAAGGAAGUUGCACUUGCUUACUUUGAAGGGCAUAAGCCAGCGCUUCGACCUGUCUUCGAGCCUGUUCAAGUUUGCUUGCAGGUGGUCUGCGUCUGCCGCAUUGUGAAUAACUCUCCACAAUUUUAUGUCGUCGGCAAACAGGAUGGCAUCACAGUCUAGGUCCUUGACGCAGUCAUUUAUGAAGACGAGGAAUAACGUGGAACCUAAGACUGAGCCCUGUGGGACGCCACUCACCACGCUUACCUCUGAGGAUACUGUCGCUUGCCCGCGAUGGGACACGCAGUGGAUGUGCCGGACAAACACGGGGGAGGGCCAGAUCAGGGCACGGUAGGAGUUACUGGGGAUGCCUGCCCAUAACAAAUGCCAAACAUGGGGUGGGGAUAGCAACACGCCAGGGUGCAGGCUCCCGCCGCGCCAGCCGCCUGCACAGUCGAUUCCGCCUCCGGUAUUUUUGACUUUGCCAUGACACUGAAGUCAGGUGGGUGAAGAGGAGGGCGUGCGGUAGAUGCGGUGUAAGUUCACUAGCAUUGUAAACCAACUCACGCGUAAGUCAUCGCCCCUGCGCCCACCACACUGUGGAGCACACGGUCGACAUCGUCGACAACGACUGCCUUACUGUCGAAAUCCUAUUCCUCGGACCUAGGGGCUAGUCUUCGCCAAAGGCUUUCCCAUUAUCCGUCACUUGUGGGUUUCCUGAGCCUUCUGUCCGUCUUCCUAGCCCAGUACAGACACGAACAUGCACUCAUGCUUUCUCUAUGUCUCGAACCUGAAGUUGAUUGAUAGCCUUUGUCUCACGGGUACUUCUGACAGGGCGGAAAGGUGCAUUUCAACUAUAUCUACGGUUUCGGUGUCCUCAGUUGUUUGGGAAUGUACCUUCUUCUCACAAUGAUGACGGUGGACGGCGUGGCGCCUACCUGCGUCGCAUCUGUCCUUGGAUACUGCCUUCUGCCAAUGUGUUUCCUCUCUACUCUGGGCAUCGUAUUUUCGCUAAAGUGAGUUAACUUCCUCCUCUAUACCCUGCCAUUUUGGUGUACCUCUUCAUUGCCUAUGAUAUUUUCUGUUGACGCCUCAAAUUUCUAACGUAAAAGCCACUACUACUACUGCUACUACUACUACCACCACAACUACUACUACUACUACUACUACUACUACUACUACUACUACUACUACUACUACUACUACUACUACUACUACUACUACUACUACUACUACUACUACUACUACUACUACUACUACUACUACUACUACUACUACUACUACUACUACUACUACUACUACUACUGCUACUACUACUACUACCACUACUACUAUUACAAAAACAACAACUACUACUACCACUACUACUAUUACUACUACCACUACAACUCCUAUUGUUGCUUACACUACCACUCCUACUGUAGUGGCUUACCUAGUAAUGACCUUUUGUUGCGCGGCUUACUGGUUGGUCGUGCGGACAUUGCGGUGAGUCUUGAAGUGUCCAACAAGGCCAGUCCGCGUCGGAGCUGAGUGUUGACAAUGGGGUUCGGACGUUCUCAGGGCGUCCUCCUAGCACCCUCACUGUCACUUUAAGCAUCGCCAUCGCCAGUAUUACUGCCAUCGUCUAAACCAAAGCUGAAAAUGCGGCCUACCUCAGUAUAAGAGCGACUCUCCCCUCGCGGCGGUUUUUAUCCCCACCGCCCACUUCCAGGCUGCUUUACGCUGUUUCUCUUACUUUUACUUCCAUUUUCCUCCGUAGGUCGCUCCUUGGAAUCGUUCUAAUUGUAUUCGUUGUCCUCUGGUGCGCCAUGUCCUCGAGCAAGCUGUUUGUGCGGGCGUUGAAUAUGCAACAGCAGCAGUUUCUGGUCGGUUACCCCUGUGCCCUUGUUUAUGCUGUCUUUGCCCUCCUUACGGUAUUUUAGCCACCCUCAUUAAACUCUCCUCUUUUUUUGCUGAUACCUCUUCUGCUGCUCCCCCGCCCCACCCCCCGCUGCUUUGUUGCCGACCUUGGUGGUCUCCGAGUUACUCUCAAAUAUAUGCAUGUAUAGGAGAGUCUUCGAUUAAAUCCGCCCCUCGCCGCUUUCCUCUUAUUUUCACUGGACUUGGGCUCGUUUCUUGAUGCUGCAUUGUGCUCGAGACUCCCAAACUGUGGAGGCCGAAUCACGGGGGGGGGGAGGUAUGUUGAAACGUUUGGGAAUAGAUGUGCCAGCACAACUUAGGGAACUUUACUAGUGUGGCCAAUCUUACUCGACGACGGCUCCAUCCUUCAAGCUGAGCUUCCUGAGGACAGAUAUAUCUAGGACCGCAGUGUUAAUAUUUGGGAGUUUUUGUAGACGCAGUACGGGUAAGACGUCUUUCAGGGUUGUCCAUAGGAAUAAGUACCCCCCACCUUCUUAACUAUAUUUCAACAGAGUAUCUACUUAUUUGAUUUAGGUAGACACACUAUAUCGCCACUCGAAGGGUGUCUAUGUGAGCGCAUUCACGCAACCGAAUAGGCGAUUAAUAGGAAACCGACUGAAGACAAGAAAAUCAGCGCAAACGGCAAGACAGCAUAAACUGAAACAUCAGAUCUUACCAUUCGUGGCCUGCAGCUGCAUUAGGAAAUAGGUAAGGACAAAUGUCUGCGACAUUGGCAACGGCGUGGGAGAUGAGACAGUGAGCGCUUCCCCGCCAACCUAGUGGCUGACUGACAGAAAACCAACGAGGCACUAGGAAGCUCACUGGCAUCCACUGUCUGAUUCUGUUGCCCCUUAGCAGAAAAUCCCCUUUAUUACAACGAUGCCCGACCUCGGAAGUGCGCAAGACAAAUCUAGGUAGGUAUGAGUCAACAACGACGGUCUAGGCGCCAUUCAUUAGAUUAGAAACAAAAAUCUAGGAGACGGAGCGAAAACAGUGGAUGGCAGCUUCCCAAGGGUAAAGUGCGCCUUCCCUGGCGUUGUCGCCAACAGGGCUCACCGCUAACAGCUUGACGCAGCCGGCAACACAGAGAACAAAGGACGUUUCCGGCGACCUCUUCGGUGACCAGCAUGAAACAGACCAUGAACUUGAAUGAGACACGAUCGCUGGGACAAAAACUUUAUUAGCCUGAAGUUUUUCAUUCCUGCUCGAACCCAUCACCAGAGCCAACAGCAGAUACGGGUGAUUCAUGCACAAGGGGCUGCAGUAUUUAUAGGAUGCAGUCGCCAUGCUACCGCAUACCUAUGAACAUUCAAGGCUCCCCCACCGCCCCUACAUCGGGGAUCGUCCCAAUUGGUGUGCUAAUUGUUUGAUGGCCGACGUUCGCGUCGUCAAUUGCUGCAAUUUCAUCACGUGCCUCGGAUGUUGGUGUGAUGAUUGCUCGACCAUCUGACGCGCUGACUCUUGUGUUGGGGAAAGUGUUCACCUGUUGCUCCCCGCGUGUCUAAUUACUCCGCUUAGGCGAAGUCUUAGCACCGAGUAUUGAAGGGGAAGGUCAUUGCACUUGUUAAUGGACUGGGGCCAGUAAACCAAGACUCAAGCAGCUCCCGGCCCACGCGGUUGUCAACUCUUGCGAGAAUUUCAGCCUCGUCAAAUUUGAAUGUGUGGCCGGAUCUCGUCGAAUGAGCCGCAACUUGAGAGCUGGCGUCAUUUCUCCGUACCACUGCAGAGUGUUCGGCCAUUCGCGUUCGGAGCUGUCUUCCGGUUUCUCCGACGUAUUUGCUUUGUCCGCAACUGCACCAGAUCCGAUAGACGACUCCAGACGUUUCUAUCCGUGGCAGUGGGUCUUUCGGUUUCAGUACCUGAUGGCUGCCUCCGGUCUGUGUGCAACUCCAUCCCCAAGUGGUGGACUGUGGACUAUGAUGUCCAUUGGAAAUGUCAUAUAGGAAGUAGGCGAAAGUGGCAGGGACCAACUCGGCUGGUUGGGGAAGGAAGGAAAAAGAGGCUGCUGAGGGCAGUGGGCCUCGGCGAUUACUCGUUAUGUAUACUAGGUUGCUUAAAUCAGAUACGUAGACACUACAGGAAUGCAGCUCAGGGAAGAUGCUUAUCCCCGUGCUCGACUGGACGCCAAUCAGACGGGGAAGGGAGCAGGCGCUGUUAACGACAACGAACCGCGAGGAUUACUUCUGAUGUAUACAAACCUACUCAAAUUAAAUUAAACACGUUAAUACAGCUCAACGGUUUCCCGAGGAUUCGUGGUAUUUUUUGCGCUUUUGAAUUGAUUAAUAUGAGGUCCAAUAAGUCAAACAUGAUUUCGCCAGUAAGGACGUCAUAGGAACAAGAGUUUUAACAAGGACACAUAUUGCCAGACGGGUCAGUAACUGAAAAAUUCAAAUAGGAUUUAUAGGUUUAAUCGCAAACAUACCAUUUUGAGCAUGUGACGGGACUUCUUCUACCAUGAAACUAAUUAGCACAUUUCCUUUAUUUUGGGUUACGUUGAGUUACAGGUCGACCUUGAUAUAUCGCUGAAUACUUUACGAUUUUCUGUGUUUUCGAUCGAUUACCCAUACAGACAGAUUCUAGUUUAUGUGUUUGUCAAAAGCUCUAGAAUAAGAUAUUUCUUGAAGGCAUUUACCAAAGCAGCGAAUGUGUGGUGGAGCCAAGAAAAAAUCCGACGCUUCUGGCGUUUCCUUCGCUUUGCCAAAAUACUGGUACUUUUCUACCGUAGACGUAAGAACGUGCCUUUCUCAUAUUAUUGCGGGCAUUUGCACUGUUUUUGCUCCUUAUUAAACUCCGAUCUGCGAUUAUUAAUGCGCGGCGGAGUGGCCACGUAGAUUUUGAUAUUUUGCUGAAACUGUUAAUGUUUUGAUCGUUCCAUUUCUAAAUUACAUAAGUAUAUAAGCUAGAUCGCACAAAAAGUGGCAUUCUAUAUGUUCAAAACUGAAAAUGACUGUUUGGUGGUAGUCUUUUCUGUGAAAACCGAUAUAAUCUUCCAAACGGCAACGCAAUUUCAGCCCAUCAUUUUAAUACUGCACUUUAUCUGACUUCUAAGAAUCGAUAAAAGUCUGGCUCUCUUAAAGUAACCAGUGUGUUAACAAGUUGACCCCAUGGUUAGCACUGGACAAAAAAUCGAUUUUCAAGUGUGGCAAGAUUUGCUUAGUGAAAAUCUCUCGAAGGAAAACAUGCUCGGAUGAGUAACCGAAGUCUUGGACGGGUAUUAGCGUAGGGGAUUGCUCGAAUAUAUCGCAACGUCCAUUUUCGAUCAAAUUUGUGAGCACUUUGCUCAAUAAAAUUAAAUGGACACAUUUUCUGCACAAGAAGCUGGGCGAACGAGCAAAAUGCACCAUGUUUAAGACGUCCGAAAACUCACACAUAAGUUUCUGUAAUCAAGUUUCCUGAGAUGGGUCACGUACUGCACGCGAGUGCCCGUGAACCAAAGACAGAGCGUGCCACGUCCCGCGCAAAUACGCGUUUUUCAUCUAACUACUGACAACAGACUUCACCAUGUUCAUUUCCGGACUACAGAUGAGGACACGACUGUAGAUUGAGGGGAUGGAGGUACGCACAAAGCUUAAUUAGAAACUUUUUGUGAGACAGUUGUUCUCAAGACGGGCUGUAUGCUUGUACAGACAGCCGGUGGGCCAAAGUAGGGUGGGGGCCUGCACAGUGAGGUAGCACAGAUCAGUGCCGGAGUGGGCGGCUAAGCUGGCUGGGAAAACCUCGUGGCGCCGGACUCGAGUUUAGCCCUACACAACAGAGGGGGCACACAGCUUCCUUGGAAUUCUACGGUCGAGCUCAACGAUGGAGAUGCAGGGGGCGCCUGCGUCCCGAGGCAAGCAAAGUGUACAGAGAAGAAUUCUUACAACGCUAUGGUGCAGGAACAGUGAUGAAUGCAGAUUCUUCGAUUAUUGUAGUGAUAAGUUGAGGCGAAACUUCACAGUAUGUUAUUGCCAACAAAGACGAGGGAGAAUGGAAUGGCUAUUUCUGGCUUGUUUGCCGUCGUCAGCCAGUCAUACCCAACUCCGAAGUGUGAAACAUCCGAGGCUCGAACUCGUGACCUGUUAGUUAGAAGUCAAACGCCUCUAACCACUGGGCCACGAGUCCGUUGCGCUGUCGGUUUCGAUCGGGAAUAUACAAUGGUAGGGAGUGCUCACCGAUGGUUCCUACGGAACUCACUCGUUCCGUUAUGCCUUACGAGCUCUUUCUCGAGCCCAACUAGCAUCCGCACAGCGGCGCAUGAUAUAGGCCGUAUGUUAUUACCGCCUCGGGGUGUUCCACACUUCGGGGUAGGGUAUGAUUGGCUGACGACGGCUAAUAAGCCAUAAAUAGCCAUUCCAGUCCCACAUGUCUUUGUCGGUAAUGCCUUUCUGCCUAUAUCAUGCGCCGCUGUGCGGCUGUUGGUUCGGCUCGAGAGAGGGCCCGUAAGGCAUAACGGAACAAGUGAGUUCCGCAGGAACGAUCGGUGAGCGACCCCCUAUCAUUGCAAAACUUCCCCUCCUGAAGGAGAAGCUCCCGAGGAAACACAACAACAAGACGCCCGAAGAGGACGGUGUCCUCGUUGAAAUCUGAAGGUUCGACCGUCGUGCCGGACGAUGUCCAUCGUGCGUCUCACAGUAAGGUGAGACAGGCACGGUGACUUGUGCGGGUAGGCAUGCGCAACAUCUACCGCACUCUCUCCUCCUCCCUCCUUGGGCGCGCCAUUAAGACAUAGUCAAGUAGACCAGAGGCGGGAGAAGGCUUAGGUGGCUGGCACGGUCGACCCGCACCUGAGCAUACCACCGCAACCCCUGGUCCACAACAAACACUUGACCAGGAUUUUAACCAACAAAAACGAGUCAGAACGAGGAGGAUGAUUUAACAACCAUGCUCACGACCUACCGGAACGCAAGCGCAUCUACCAGCAUGGAACCAGGCGCCGGAGAACUGCCGGCACACACCAGGCUGCGAGGGCCGUGGUUUGCUGAAUCAUGACAUAGCAGACGCUUACAAUCCUUACGCUCUAGAAGAGCCGUUGGAAUCUACAGGCCAUGUGUCAACGCCCUUGCGCCCUGGGUAUAUGAGGUGGUUGAGCAUUCGUGGGGAAAUGAGUUAGUUCCUGAUGGCUGUAGGUCGAGCGUUCAUGUUGUGCCUGUCUUCAAGAAGAGAGAUAAGAAAAAGCCCGAGAACUGGCGCGACGCAAGCCUCACCGACGUUUCGGCAAGGGUCUUCGUUAUCGCCCUGCUCGAUUAAUUUCAGUGUGCUGGACCGCAGGUAUUUUUCUCAUUGAUUUUCAAUGCCCCCAAAAGUCCAAUUAUAUUUCAUGGAAAGCAUACAUACAGAUAUUUAUUCUUUUGCUCAUUCGGUAGACAAUCACGUCUUCUUCCAAUCCUAUACUCGAAGGAAGGGUAACGUCCCGUUUUCAAAAACUUUUACAAUUGCCGAAUAAUUUUGAACCCGCUCUGACGUUACACUUGCAUUCAGGGUUUCCAAACUACAAGCCGCAUAAUUUCCGUGCACGGAAAACCAUACAUUUCUCUAUGGUAUUGACAGGAGACCAUAUUGGGUUCAUAAUUUAGCAGUGGAUUUGAUCCAUAUUGUUAACUUUACAAGGCACAUUCGUAAAUGCAGAAACAUGCCGAUUUAUGAACGGCCAUUUCACGGUAUUUAACAGUUAUCCAAUCAAAAACUUUUUUAAAACCGAAUUAUGUCCCUCCUUCGAAUAUAAAAUUAGAAGAAGACGUAAUUUUCUACCGAAUGAGCAAAAGAAUGAAUAUUUGUAUGCAUGCUUUCCAUGAAAUAUAAUUAGACCUUUAAGGGCAUCGAAAAUCAAUGAGAAAAUGCAUGCUACCUAAGUAGUCAUUUUUUACAGAGUGUAGUAUUUGCAUGCAGCCAACAAGAAGUUCGUUCGAAAGCUGACAUCCAGAGGUAACUUAAUUAUGAUAGAAAUAUGCUGCAGGCUGAUUAGUUUUAGAGCCGUACUUAAUUAAUCUUUUCGAAUCGAAAACGCAUUUCUGAAUUUCAGUUGACAGUUCAUGAGUUAGCCAACCUACUGCAUUUUUGUCAGUUUCAUAGACCUGCAUUGUACAACCUUGCCGCAUCUUUCUCGCUGUUGAAAUUUAAGCCCUGAGAUGCUUGUCAAGACAGCUAAAUGGAAUGUUACAUAAUUGCCUUGUCACCGUAAACACAUUUUUGUAGUGUAACUUCAUUGAGAUUCUAUUGUUCUUAAAUACCUACCCGGAAUUGGACUUCUCCGGCUACAGCAUUCACGUAUUUGAACGGAAAACUGUUCUUCCCCUAAAAUUUUAAACUGUUUCUCGAAGCCUGAAAGGUUACCAGCGUACACAAGUUCUCUUGGCGAAUUACAUUUGGCUGGACCGCACAGACCCUACGGUCCCAUUGUCUGGGGGCAUACAGAGCUCUACCAAACUCCCCCGAAAUGUCCACGAAUAUUAAUGCGCCAUCAUUCUUGUGUGUGUGAGGGUGGUUGCUAUGCGACACUCAAUCCGAUGGUGGAUUAAAUAUGUCCACUUCAAUAAGGCGUCCUAGAUGCGUAAAUAUUUUUCUGCAUUUUAAAAUACAUCCAUUUAUUCAUAGAUAGCCGAAAGCAGACUCGAGUUACUUACAAAUACAUUCUUACGGUUUAUGACCAUCCGACUCCCCGCCUCCCACACAAGACAGGUGAAGUCUCCAUGAUCACAUCUCGUUACCCAUUCUCUAACAGUUGGAGGGCACUGAUAUAGCGAUGAAUGGUGAAACAUGACUAGGUGUACAAGAGGGAUUUAUUAUUUCUGACUUGUUGACCCGACUUUGUGAUAACGUGAGGAUGCGACCCAAAUUAACUGGUUAUAGACAGGACGAGAUCUAGUGCUCUAGUCUUCGAAACGCAAAUUUUUCUCAGUAGACCUCAAUAAGUCGAUCAUUCAGUGUAUUUGGAGUGUGUGCCCCUCAAAGUGGGCCACGCGGUGGAUGCGCUGGAUCAACACGGAGGCCACAUCGGAUUCUAGCAGGCGUUAUCGGAUUUGCGCACCAUAACAAAUGUUGACAUUUUGGGGUGCGGUGGCAGACCCGGUUGCCCUGCAGACAUCGCGCACACUGUGACCCCUGCCGCCCCCCCCCCAUCGUUGUUGGUCAAAAACCAGGUCAUUCGCUGUGUGGACCAGGGGGUGUGGAAUGAAACGCCAAGGUGCGGGCUCGACCGUGCCAUGCUCCUUGGCCCUUCCCCGCCUCCGGUCUUCUUGACUCUGUCUUGGCACCGAAUCCAGGUGGUGGAGGAGAGGGUGCGGUAGAUGCUGCGCAAGUCUACUCUUAAGUCGCCGUCCCUGCUGUCACCUUGGUGUGGAGCACACGGUGGACAUGGUCGGACACGAUGGUCGAACAGUGUGCGUGACUCAUGGACGAGACCCAACCAAGCUGGCUUCCGAGCUGGGCGUAAAUGCGCAAAUCAAAUUCACACAUCGGCGAAUGUUGGAAUUCUGUCAUGGUUUGCACCAACCGACGGCCGCCUGCCUUGCUGAUUUAGCCGAAGUGUUGGAUCGCGUCUAUCAUGAGUCCCGAUGGCGGACGAUGAAAAUAGACGGUAUGUCGGCAUAUCUCAUCGCCAUGAUCGGAGUCCACCAUAUCUCCACCACUGCGCGAGUUGCCGCCGGCAGCAGUCUGUCCCGACAAGGUUGCUUCCUGUUGUCACACCACUAACUGGAUUCUCCGAAAGGCCCUACAGGAUUUUGACGGUGUGGAGUUUGUUACCGGACGCCGGCUGAUUGAUCUGGCCUACGCCGACGAUAUCGCUUCGCCAACCGCAUACUCUGUUGGUCUACAGUCUGUGAUAUCAGGGGUAAAUGAAGUCGCUACUUCGGUCGGCUUAUCUAUAAACGUUGUAAAGACCGCUAUUUUCCUAGCUGCCCUGCCUCAACUAUUGACGACCUACUGACCACGAUACCGUGGACGAACAAGAUCAUCAGACCGAUCAGUUUACCUAUAGACGCCCACAGGACCAAGGUGCUUUUGCUUUUCGUUCCCCUCUAGGUCAAUGACUGUUCCAAAGACCUCGAGAGGCUACUGCCAGAUGGACAAAAUAAGGACGACAUCGUCUCCAGAAUCCAUGCUGCACAAGAGGUCUUCACAAUCCUUAUAGGGUUUCUAUGGACCCGACGCGAUAUCUCCAUUACCACAACCUUCCGCGUCUGUCAGGAAUCCGUCAAUUCAGUCCUCCAAAACUGA